AUCUCCGCCGCCUCUCCCUCCGCCCCCGAUGGACGCAUCCUAAGCUCUGCUCCACCACAACAGUGUCUCUUCCCCUCUACAGCUUCAGCUUUAUGUCUGUGAGAGCUGAUCCACGCCGGUGGGGGUAGUUUAUCAAUGCUCUCUACCUAAUGUGAUAAUUUCAUACAAGUGCUCGAAACGCCGGCUGAAGCUAUGGGAGCCUUUGGAGUACUGAUAGGGAUUUUACAGUACGCGGGACUUUACAUUCAACUUAACGCAGCUCUCAACGUCGGACAUGGCGAGAUGGAUAACCAUAUCUCUGGUAAUGCUCUUUUCACAGAGAUACCACAUGACAUCACGACACAGAGCGGUGAGGAUGUAGAGAUGGCUUGUUCAUUCCGUGGGGUGGGCUCUACCUCCUUUGCCCUGGAGAUCCAGUGGUGGUACAUCAAAGGCCACAGAGAUUGGCAAGAGAAACCUGCCCAGAUCACUAAUAAUGCUGUACCCCUGGAGGAGACAUCCAAAGAUGCCACCAAAAUUAGUGUGGUAAAAGUGGCUGGCAGCAACAUCUCCCACAAGCUCCGUCUCUCCAGCGUCAAGCCAUCAGAUGAGGGCACAUAUGAGUGUCGUGUCAUUGACUUCAGCGGCACCGUGGCUCAGCACCAUCGUGUUCGGGCCUACCUCCAGGUGAAGUCUGAGAGGAGUCAGGGGUUGGAUGAUGUUCAGCUGCAGGAGCCAGGGCGCCAGCUGCAGGGGAACCACCCACACCGUCACCACCAGACAGAGGGCAGGGAACUGAAGAGGAGAUCAGCCAGCAGCAGCACUGACUGUAACACAAGCUGUGUGUCUUAGAGCGGGCGGGCUGCCCAUCCGGUCUACAUGUUCGUGACUUAUCUGUGACAAGGGACGGUCAUCGACACAUACGUCAUUGCAGAGCUGAGGUGUCAGUCAUAACUGGACCCUUUGUGUUCAUGGUUCUUUAUUAUAGUUGUUUGGAUGCCAACACUGUUGAAUGCCAAUAAAGGGCACAACUUUAUUGAAAGUAUGUAUGAUUAUGUUCUUUUUGCUGCUUUGUUAUUUGCCUGUGCUUUUUCCUACUGCACAGAACAGACCCUGUCCUUUUGCAAUGUGCCAAUGUUCAGUCUUUUACCUAAAACAUACAGUACGCCAAAAGCUGCAGUAUUUCAGUGUAAAUGCUUUCCAAGGGAUAAAGAACAAAUUAAGCUUUUUUUGUGUUUAUCUGAAAAGUGCAUUGCUUUAAUUUCUGUAAUCUUUGUUUAACACUUUAAGAGAAAACUCUAUGUACUUUGCUUACUACAUUAUGACUGCAAUGUUUAUCAAAAUAUAAGUGUAUCUUCAUUCUUCAUCAUGUCAAGAUAAUAUAUUAAUUCAUGUGUAUAGUCACACCCAGCACUGUAGACUUUUAUUAUUAUCACUGAAACAGUUUACUCUGUGCUACUUAACCAAACAAGGCAAGUAACGCAAACAGUAUUCUUAUCUUGCCAAACAACUGUCAUAAUUUUCUCAAACACAAUAUAACUUUUUGUCUAAAUGUUUUAAGUUUGUCAUUUCUGCAUUACGUUUUCCUCUUAACUGUGUUUGCUCUAAGUACUACUGUUUGGUAUCUGUUCUGAAAAAUACAACCAUUUCAAAUGCCUUUGGGCUUCUUUUCAUGAUUGUGUUUUUAUGUACUACAUAUAAUAUAUAUAUUUUGGUGCAGCAUAAUGUCUAAUAGUCAGAUCUCUCUGUUUAUCAUCUUAUAUAUAGUUAAUGUGUACAUGUAUUGGAAGCUUCUACAUAUUGUUGGUGGAGGGAAUUUCUGGGAAGGUAGCAGAAAAUACAGUAUCUGGUUUGGCAAUCCUUGCGUAUCAUUUAUUUGAAUUGCAUUGUGGUUGGGAGGACAGGGACAUAUUCUACACACCUACCAAAAGCUGUUCAAAGCAGAAAUUGCCUUUAAAUUACUACAGAAUGUUAAGAAAUUAGCUAAUUCAGUUUUGACAACAAUACCAACAUUGGACAAUUGUACAGAUAUAUUGUCGUCUACUCCCACACAUCCUGUUCAAAAACGUUAUUUUCAAUCCUUGGAAUUACUGUUUCCAACCAGCAGAGAGCAGCAAUUCCCCUAACCUUCAGUUACUGUAUGUCAGACACAAACACUGGAUGUAUAGCAAUAGGGAAGGCAAAACAACCUUUUACAGAAAGCUGGUGUUUUGUUUUG